AUGGCGGCGAAUACUUCACAACAUCCCGUGCAGAUCGCGCUGCUAGGCGCGGGAAUCUUCGCGCGCGACGCGUAUCUGCCAAUACUGAAGGACAUCAAGGCCGAGAUCGCGCUUCGAUUCAUCUGGAGCCGCUCCCAGGGCUCGGCGGAAGUGCUAACAGAAGCGUGGGAGGCGGCGGGAAGUGCGGCGCCAGUGGAGGCGGUAUGGGGAGAGGAAGGUUUGGCGCGCAUUGAGCGGAGUGAGGAGGUUGAGGCGUGUGUGCUGGUGCUGCCGGUGCAAGUCCAGCCAGCGCUGGUGCUGCGUUUCUUGAAAGCGGGAAAGCAUGUCAUGCAAGAGAAGCCUAUAGCAGCAGACUACCCCCAGGCCCUUGCCCUACAUGCAGAGGCAUCACGCCUCUCAGCCCCUCUCUCCUCCUCCUCCUCCUCGCAUCAAGCACCUCUGUGGGCCGUUGGGGAGAACUUUCGCCUCGAACCUGCGUUUGACCAGGCACGAGAAAUCGUCUCUCAUCUGGGCGCCAUGCUGGCAGUGCAGGUGGUGGCAGAGACCUCGCUCACCCCGUCCAACAAGUACUUCCCCAGCCAGUGGCGCCGCGACCCGGACUUCACGGGCGCAUUCAUUACUGACUGUGGCGUGCAUUACGUGGCAGCAAUGUGUCAUAUGACUGGGCGCAAAGUAUCAUCAGUGGCAGCAUUUGGUUCACACCAGAUAGCAGAAGUACCUCCCCCGGAUAACUUCGCUGCUACGCUCAAGUUUGAGGAUGGUGCUGUGGGCACUCUCUCCAUCUCCUUCUCCUACAUGCCACGCAACCUUAUGGUGUGGCGAGUGGUGUGUGUGGGCGGAACAGUGGAGGUCAGGAGAGGCCCACAUGCCAGUGGGGACGGCCGCUUUGGAUACACCGUGUCUCUUGAUCUACCGCCAGGAGCAUCGCACCCAGCAGGAUGCCCCAUCCCCUCCUUCCACUCACUCCUGGGCAUCCAGCAAGAGCUCUCUCUCUUCGCAGCCGCUGCAGCAGCAGCACGACCCACACACACCACACUGGCCGAUGCCACCCCUGCCAAUCCAUCCUCCCCGCCUGUCACUCUAGAUCCUCGUUUGUCCCCUUUAGAAGCUCUGGGCGAUCUCGCUAUUAUGCAUGCUGCAGUGCAGUCAGCCAACUCGCCAGUUGCUGCUGGAACCCCUCAGCCCGUUCCUAUUGUCCCUGUGAACACCAGUUAA